AUGACUGGUUCAAGUGCAUCUGAUCAAGAUGGUUUAGGACUUGUCACUAUCCCAAGAGAUGAACCUGAGGCUUCAGAAGGAAGGGAUCCUAUUUCUUAUAAUGAACAUAUUGCUAACCUGAUGCAACAAAUGGCCAAUAUGCAAAGAGAGAUCGAUCGACUUCGAAACCUUACCAAUUUGUCCAUUAGCCUAAAUACACCACUUCCCGAACAUGGGGCAGAUGCAACUAUUCCACCUGUUGACUCUCCCUCGCCUCAAGACUUCCUUCCAAAUCCUUCCCCUUUCAAAACCAAUAUGACUGCUCCUAAACAACCCGUCAACCAACCACAAGUCAAUUUCGCAAACAUCAACUCACAACAAACCAAUCCACUACCUUUCACUACCCCUUAUGUUUCCCAAACUCCAAUCCUCCAAACUACACUUACCCAAGCUCCACUCACUGAAACUAACCCACUUACCCAAAAAUCCCCACUCACCCAAACCAACCCGCUCAUCCAAAAAUACCAAACGAUCCAACAUAUACCUGUGACACAUACUACAACUCCUAACAUGCAAUAUGUGCCACAAGUAUACGUAAUAGAAGCUCAACCUUUCAUUACUCCAAUACCAACCAUGCCAGAAGUCGAUCCAUAUGAGGAGAUGGAGAGAAAGGCCAGAUCAAAAACAGAUGAAAGUGUAGCUAGGGAGAUUCAUAAUUUGAAAGAAGCGUUCAAAAGUAUCCAACUUCACAAAGAGUGCGAAGGAUUUGAGUAUGAGGAUUUAUGUGUUCAUCCUGAUGUCGAGUUGCCUGUAGGAUAUAAAGUACCAAAAUUUGAUGUGUUUGAUGGGAAAGGAAAUCCACGAGCUCAUUUAAGAUCGUAUUGUGACAAGCUAGUUGGAGUGGGGAAAGAUGAGGCCAUUAGAAUGAAAUUAUUCAUAAGGAGUUUGACAGGAGAAGCACUGGAUUGGUAUACAAGUCAAGAUCCGAAGAAAUGGCAUAGUUGGAGUAUCAUGGCAUAG